AGAUGUAGUAGAACCGAUUAGACUGUUAGAGGCAAAAAAAGGUAAGAUUUAAGAUGCGAGCAAGAAAGAACUCACCUUUAAUUGCUGUAAAGAAAAUAACAGAUCAAAAGGAAGAUGAUAAUGAUGAAACACAGAUAAAGGAAACUGAACAAGAGAAGAAUGACAUCGAAACGCCACAGAAAAGGAGGGUUUCAUAGAAAUCACCUGUUAAAACUACUCAAUCGAGGAGAAUAACAAGAUCUCUUACCAAAAGAGAAAUAAGAACGACAAGGGUGUCAAAAAAAAUGGAAACGACAAUUGAAAUAAAAAAGAAACAUGUUCAAAAAUCAAACAGAAACAAGAAGACUGGAAACGAGGAAGAAGAUGAUGUGGUAGUCUUAGAGGAAGACGAUGAAGAAGACGAGCAGGAAGAUGUUGAUGAAGACAAGAAGGAAGACGAGGAAGAAAGUGAGGAAGACGAGGAGGAAGACAAGGAAGAUGUUGAGGAAGACGAGGAAGAUGUUGAGGAAGAUGAGGAGGAAGACAAGUUUGUCAAGGUAAAGGGAAAAAAGAAGAAGUUCAGCCCCCGUCUUCCUAAAAAAAGGGUAAAAAAACAAUAAGGGAAAAAGGAGAAGCAGGAGAACGAAGAAGUUGUUGAGAUCAAAAAAGAGAGCUGCCAAUACAGGUCUAAUCUCGUCAGCCUUGUACGGCUUCUGAAACACAGAAAAUGCACUCAUCUCCAAGUUCAUGAGAUCAAAAAAAACUCUUUUGCAAAUCUCUUAUUUGCAAUGACCAAACCGAAAAUUAAUGAACUUUUCAUGAAGAAAAGCGAUGAAAUUACAUUGAAGUUGGUCGAAAAGUACAAAGGAGAGAGAUACUUUGAUCUUGGUGGCAAAUUAGUUAAGAUAAAUGUCAAGGAUUUGACACUUAUCUUUGAAAUCAAAUCUGGACCAAUCAAAAUACACCUCCAGGGGAACCCGAGAAGGCCAAUUUCAGAUUUUCUUAACAGAGUCUUCAAAAAAGAAAAGGAAAUGUUAGUUUCAAGGAUGAAGAUAUUCUUGAGAAAAGCUUUUACAGAAGAUUUUAGUGAAAGUGAGCAGGACAUCGCACGUGUGCUAAUAAUGUUGGUUCUUGCGACAAUCUUUGUCCCACUCUCACAACCAAAAUUAAGCUGGGCUUAUUGUCCAUUCAUUGAGGAUCUCAACACAUCCACAACGUAUGCAUGGUCAACAUUCAUUACAGAGCACCUGGUCAAAGAGCUUGAUACAAAGCAUACAAAUCCAACAACUGUUGGUGGAUGUGUACUUGGACUACUGUGCUGGCUCUGCGAGCAUACAAGCAUAAUGAAUAUGCAACAAUCAAAAGACAAUUGUCCAAGGUUUAUGAAGUGGGAUAUGAGUGAUUUACCAUAAGCAUUGGCACGAACACCUUUAGAAUCCCUUAAUCCAGAAAUGAUAAAGGAUGCAAAAUUGGAGCCCAACAACGAGAAAGAGAAGAAGUUGUUGCAUUUUCUUGAACAAAUUGAAAAUGAGAGUGACGUGAAGGAUAAUGACACUCGGGAGUGCAGCUUGGACCAUAAUGGAUCGAAAUUUGAGAUGGACGAAGGGGUUGAGGAGACUAACAAUGAUACCAACAACCUAAUUUCUAACCUACUCAAAGAAAUUGACAGGUUGAAGGAAGAAUCGAAGGAAAAGUACAAAGUAAUUCAAACUUUACAACAAAAAAUAGUCGAACUUGAAAGGGACCAUGUACUGUAUCAAGACGCCGCUGAGCAAAUGUUUGACUAUGAAACAGAAGUCGGGACGGUACAUGUUGAAAAGGGUAUCCUGCAGGAAGAAAUUGUGCAAAAUGAGGUUGAGAUAGGAGGUUUGUACGUCAGCAACGACUUAUUGGAGAAAAAACUUGAAAAAUCUGAAAAAGACAAAGCAAGUUUCGAAAAUGGCCUAGAUAACAUGGUAACCCAUAUGGUUACACAAGAAUACCACGACAAAGAAGAAGAUAAAGAGAAAAGGCAAGAAGAGGAGAAGAGCAAGGAAGGAGGAGUUGAUCGAACUAUCAGCGAAAGAGUUGAGAUAGCAACUGGAUUGCAUAAUGAAAUUUUGUCUGACGAAGUCAUUUACAAAACGAUCUGCCAAAUCUGCAAAGACACGCAGGAAGGAGAAAGGAAGAAAGAAAAGAAAAGGAAGAGAGAACAAGAUGAUAUUGAUCCGCCGUCAAGGGCAAAAGAUCUCAUGGGCAAAGAUGAUAGAACAUUGAAGACGGAGGAAGGGUUCAUCUACUAUAGAGGGAACUAGAAGGAAAGAAAGAAAAGCAAUUCUAUAGUUGAAAUGACAAAACUGUUCAAUUACAUUUCGAAGGAAGAUAUGGAUCUACUGGACACAAUUUAUGAAUUUGAGAAAGAAGACAAAAAAGCUUUCGUCUGGCACAACCAAGUCAACAAUGAUACAGUUACAAUCGAAGACGUCCUGAAUCUGUUGAACGAGGGUGAUAUUGGAAACACGGUAACACCAAAGAAACUAUUUUUACUUGUAUUUGAUUUUAUGUCAGUGUAUUUGUUAAUACGUUUGUUUAUCUGCUGGUUUCUAAGUUGGUUUUGUAUAUCUGCAUGUUGGUAAAUCUGUUCGAUUCUUGUAGUUUGAAGCAAUGCUGGUCUGUUGGUAUAUCUGUAUCUAUUAGUACACUUGGUGUAUCUUUUUUAAGCAUGUUUGGUAGUUUUUGGAGUUUGGAACAAUGGA